AGUUUAUAGAAGUGCGGCGGCCUGUUCGGCUCUCGCUCUCGUCAAUAGACCAGUUGCGGUUCAUCUUUGCGCUUGGAUCACUCGCGCCUGCCGCUGCCCCGCGCACGCCGACUGUCAACCACCACGACUCCCCCAGCGUAUUUCCUCUCGCCGCCCAGAUUUCCUGCUCUCAACCAUGGGUGACCCUACGGCGGCGGCGGCCAGCUGCAGCAAGCUCCGCCAGAUCAAGCGCUGGCUCAAGAAAAACCUGCUCCUCCUGGUCACCGUCUCCGGCGUCUUCUUCGGCGUCGUCUUAGGAGUGGGGCUGCGGCCGCUGCAUUUGUCGCCAGAUGCGAUUCUGCUGGUGUCGUACCCCGGGGAGCUGUUCAUGCGACUGCUCAAACUGAUGAUUCUUCCACUCGUGAUCGCCAGUUUGAUCGCAGGGGCUGCAAGUUUGAACGCCAAGAUGAACGGCCGGCUCGCUAUCCGCACAAUGGUUUACUUUCUGCUGACGUCGCUGUUCAACGCCGCCCUCGGCGUUGCCCUCGCCCUCAUCAUGCACCCCGGCGACCCCGAAACAAAGAGAAUUUUGGGCGCCGGCACUGAGCACCGAGAGGUCAACAUUCUCGACGGCUUUCUCGAUCUCGGCAGAAACAUUUUCCCUGACAACUUGUUCCAAGCAGCAUUUCAACAGGCUCACACUGUCUACGUCCCACGUCAAGUGUACGUCCGCAACGGCACGGAGAACGACACUGCAAUUGCGUCAGUAGAUAUCGAUGUCCUGAAAGCAAACAUUCGCAUGGUCAGGGAUAUUCAAUACAGGGAGGGAACCAACACCCUGGGCAUCAUUUUCUUCUGCCUGGUGUUUGGCACCGUGCUCGGGACACUCGGACGCAAAGCUAGAGUGGUUGUUGAGUUUUUCUCCGCCGUCGAUGAAGUUAUCAUGAAGAUGGUCACCGGUGUCAUGUGGUUGACCCCGAUCGGAGUGAGCAGCGUGAUCGCGGGCAAAAUCCUGAGCGUGGAGAACUUGGGCCUGGUGACGGUGCAGCUGGGCUGGUUCAUCUUCACGGUGGUGCUGGGGGUGCUGUUGUACCAGCUGGUGUUCAUGCAGCUCAUCUACCUGGCCAUCGUGCGGCGCAACCCGUUCAAAUUCUACUGUGGCCUGAUCCAAGCCACUCUGACGGCAUUUGCCACCGCUUCAACGGCCGCGGCUCUUCCCGUCACCUUCAGAUGCAUGGACCAGAAAGUGAAAGUGGACUCGAGGGUGUCUCGGUUUGUGUUGCCCAUCGGCGCCACUGUUAAUAUGGACGGCACGGCCCUGUUCGUCAGCAUCGCCUCAGUCUUCAUAGCCCAGAUCAAUGAGAUUCCGCUCGGCAUGGGGGAAUACGUUACCAUUGCCCUUACUUCCACCGCAGCAAGUAUCGCGUCUGCCAGCGUUCCGAGCGCGGCGCUUGUGCUCAUGUUGAUUGUGUUGACGGCCAUCGACGCUCCGGUCCAAGACGUCUCUUUGCUUUUUGCCGUUGACUGGUUUGUUGAUCGCGUUCGCACAACCAACAACAUGCUGGGCGACUGCUAUGCUGCUGCCGUGGUCGAGCACUUGUCCAGUGCGGAGCUCAAUUCGUCACCUUCCCACGGAGCAAUUGUCCGCAACAUCGGCGACAAGGAAACGCAAGAGCAUGCUUCCGCCACUGGGAAUGGGCACGCGGGCAAUGGGCACAUUCUCCCACUCACGCGGAGUGACCUGAAAGGGAGCGAGACCUCGGAGACUGCGGCUAUGCUGGAAGUUGUGCGGAUACAGGAGCCAGCCGUGCAUAAGAAAUAGAUAGACUGACCUGACACUGUACCUGAUCGCCACACGAGUGAAUGCGUUUCAAAAAAGGGUGUGUCGUGGAUUUCAAUUUUUCGUUUGACCUCCGUUUAUUUAAAAUUUUGUAAGCGUUUAAAAAAAACAAAUUCUUUUCUUUUCUUUGAUUACGAUUCAUUUGCAGCUGGGCUUACCUUGAGCAUUUUGUUUAUUGGUAAAACUCUGAGGUCAAUAUACUACUUUUUUCUUUAAAAUGAAUGUUUCAGAGCGAUAAGAAAUAAUUUUACGUGUUAGACGGGUAUUUUCAUCUAAAAACCAAUGCAGUUUAGACUCAUAACUAUAUAAUAGUCGAUUUAUUGAAUUAGUAGUGAUGUUUACGUUCCAAUCGUAGAUGAAAUAAUCAAUUUUGCAACGCCUCGUUUCUUUGAGGCUUUCGCCGAAAUUAAUUGGAAUUGAAAAGAUCGAAAAAUUGUAGUGUUGCGAAGUGGAUGUCGACCAGGUAAGUAUAUAGUUGACGCCGCACGCGCGUCCUCUUUCUCAGUAGUUACGUUAUAGACUCAAUAAAAAAGCACACGUUUUAUCCCUGCACGGAAUUUUUAAGCAAAGCAAUGCUGUGAUGAUCAUUUAUCGCAAGCACUAUUUUGAUAGAUGGCAAGGUUUUUGAAACUUUACAAUGUUCAUCACGCCUCUAAAGAUCUGAAAUCCACGAGGCGUAUUUUUGAAAUAAUGUUUAAAACCUGGAAACAGAAAACAGUUUGGAACUUUAAAUUUUAAUUAAUAGCAGAAGCAGUGGGCUAAAACACAUUAAACCUUGAUGAUAUAUAUAUUUGUGACUGUAUUUCAUGUCAUUUAAUUGUAAAAAAAACCGAAUAAACAGAAAAUAAUAUAUGAUGUACACACAA